AUGUCUUCGCUACUAGAAUACCGACCUCUAGCUCAGGACGAGUUUCGGCUGCUCAUCCUUAUCCCUGCAGUGUCGAUAACAGCUCCACUCAGAGUGCACGUCUUCCACGAUAAUGUGUACAACCCCGAAGCAUCCUACGCCGCACUAUCGUAUACAUGGGCGUCCAAGCUUGAAGGCAAUGACGACAGCAACGAUGUACUCGAGUCUGUGGAUGUGGACGGACACGAGACGUUUCUGCACCAGAAUCUAGCCAAGGCACUGCGGUCUAUUCGCCGUGAGGUCCCGCAGUGUAUCUGGGCCGACGCACUAUGUAUAGACCAAAACAACAUCCCAGAGCGCAACGUCCAAGUCACGCUCAUGCGGCAAAUCUUCUCCAACGCAACGAAUGUGUGGGCUUGGCUGGGACCGCCGGCGAAAGGGAGUAAUCUAGCCAUGGACUUCCUCGCCAAUCUAGCCAGUCGCUCUGACGAAGAAGGCAUCGGCCCAUGGCUUGGAAACGAAGGCAUGCACCCAGAUACAUACCCCACAUGGGAAGGUCUCCGAGCCCUAAUGGCGCGAAACUGGUGGAAAAGAGCCUGGAUAGUACAAGAAUUCGCGCUAGCAAAAGACGUAGUCUUCAUCUGCGGCACGCGCCGCGUCUCCGCUGACGCCCUCGAAGCAGCCGACCACCUCAUCUUCAUGGAAUUCACGCCUUCGAAGAACGAACGCGUGACGGCUUUAACGCGCGCCGUGGAUAUCAACCCCCGCGUUCUCGAUCCAGCGCGGAAUCUCAUGAGUCUGCGCCGAAGACUACAAGAAGGAGAACAGCUUUCCGCGUUAGCGACGCUGCAGAUGACGAGAUUGACGAAUGCGACGGAUCCGAGGGAUCAUUUGUUUGCCAAGAUAGGACUCUCUGGGAUGGAGUUGGUGCAGUUGUGUCCGCCGGAUUAUAAUGCCCAGGCGGAGGAUAUCUGGUUCACGUUCCUCAAGGAGUUUAUACGGCAGAAGCAGGAUCUUUAUGUCAUUUGUCUGGCGGGGAUGCAACCGCGGACGAAAUAUGCAUAUGCACUCCCGUCAUGGCUGCCCGAUUGGGGGCCGUCGAAACCGCAAUAUAUGCUCUGCUCGCUUUUCACGGGGAAGCAGUGGCCGUUCUUUGAUGCGGCGAGUGGCGCGGCUGCUGUUGCUACGAUUUCGAGCGAGAAGAUGGAAGACGGUAUCUUCCUCAGGUGUAAGGGACUUGUGGUCGAUACGGUUGAUGGCGUCGCAGGCGAUCCGUGGUGGACAGACAGACCGACGUCUCUCCGCCAGUCGAAAUGUAAGAAGAACGCGUAUGGAACACAGGUCGGUGCGUUUGAAGCGUUAUUGAGGACAGUCACUGCCCACACGAAUCGUAUGGGUGCUUGGGGCGCGCCUCCACGGGAAUUCAACACCAUUUUCGCGAAACGGUGGCAUGAGCUGAGGGAUACGACGGCACCGUACGAAGCUGACAACACUCUCCCUCUUCCCCUCCCGUUCUACAUGCGCGCGUCAGGUUUCGAGCGUGCAUGGCGCAGUAUGCGCAAUCUGAAGUUGGAUGGCGUGGAACUGCACGAGCAUGUUGAAGCUGGGCUGAUAGACGCACAGAACAAAGCGCAGGCGUCGAGUGUGGGAUCCUCAGAGGAAGGGCACGAAUUUGAUUUCUCGGUCCCAGCACCGUUUCACCCGCUGUGGACUGCGCUUGAGCAUAGCGCUGGUCAGGUUUGCUACGAAAGGUUUGUUUAUACUACUGAGGGAGGGUAUCUUGGGGUUGGUUCUUCUACUGUAGAGCCGGGGGAUAAGGUUGUUGUAUUUCUGGGGUGUAAGGUACCCGCGGUGUUACGGCCGCUUGAGAAAGGAGGAUACCAGCUUAUUGGGGAGACUUAUCUGGAUGGCAUCAUGUAUGGUGAGAUGACAAAAGAAUUAGGGAAGGAGGGGUCUGCUGUGCUGGUUGAGGAUCUUGAUAUCUUUUAG